AUGGGAGCAUCUUUGGAUGAAGCUGAAAAAAUUAAUGACCAGAAACUUGCAAAUGGAGGGGAAAGUAAGAAAAUCGAGGAGAAGCCCCAAGAAAACGGCAAUCAGAUUCAGAAAAAUGAGAACCUUUCAGGCUGUUGCCAGGGUGCUAAUUGUUAUACCCGCCCUGCUUAUAAGGAUAAUUCUCCUGCAAUGGAUACCGGCAGCUCAGCCUAUGGAGCCGCCGCCGCCUCCUCUUCGCGGCGCUCAAUCCGCUGGAAGUACGAGGUGUUCCUGAGCUUUAGAGGUGAAGACACCCGCAACACCUUCACAGACCACCUCGACAAGGCAUUUCGCAGAGCCGGAAUCAACACGUUUAUAGACUACCAGCUCAGAAGGGGGGAAGAUAUACAGAGCGAAAUUGACCGAGAAAUCGAAAGGUCGAAGAUCGCUGUAGUCGUCUUCUCGAAUAGGUAUGCGGAGUCCCGAUGGUGCCUGAAGGAGCUGUCGAAGAUCAUGAGGUGCCGAGAAGAGCAAGAGGGGAAAAAAGUCUAUCCAAUAUUUUACGACGUUGACCCUUCUCAAGUCAGGAAACAGAGUGGAAGUUUUGGGGAAGCAUUUCCGAAGCAUGAAAGGGAUGAAGAUCCAAAUGAAGUGAAGCAGUGGAGAAAGGAUCUUAAGGCUUCUGCAGAUUUGGGUGGCCGGGAUCUUAAAACCACGGCGGACAGACGUGAAGGAUUGUUUAUAGAGAAAAUUGUUGAGGACAUCAGGGGACUACUCAAAACAACAGACUUGAAACAACCCAAGUGCUUAGUUGGAAUGGAUUUUCGCAUGAAAGAAUUCAAUACUGAAUACUUUGACGUUGGAGGUUCACCUGAUGUUCAAAUAAUUGGAAUUUGGGGUAUGGGUGGUAUAGGUAAAACAACAAUUGCGAGAGCCAUUUUUAACAAAUAUCAGCAUAGUUUCAGCGGUCAAUGUUAUCUUGAAGGGGUGAGGAGUAAAGAGAAAAAGAUGGUUAGUCUGCAAGAACAACUUCUUCGAGAUAUUUUAAAACAGCCUGACAUUAAGGUAAGCAGUGUUGCUGAAGGGACCAAGGAGAUAGAGAAAAGUCUUGGAAGCAUGAAGGUACUCAUCGUAGUUGAUGACAUAGACGAUGCGGACCAGUUAGAUGAGUUGGCAAUAGAACACGAAUCGUUUGGUCCAGGGAGUAGGAUUAUUAUAACAACAAGAGAUGAACAAGUGCUGAAUAUAAAGAAGGUGGAUAGAAGAUAUAAGGCACAAGAAUUGACUGAUGAAGAAGCUUUUGAGCUCCUUAGUUGGCAUGCCUUUGGAAAUCCUUGUCCCGACGAAGAAUAUAUUGAACUCGCAAGAGAUGUUGUUGAUUAUUGUGGAGGAUUGCCCCUAGCUCUGAAAGUUGUUGGUCGCUUGUUGGCUACGAAAAAGAGUAAAAGCAUAUGGGAAAGUAUGUUGAAUAAAUUGAGAAAUAUUCCAGAAAGAAAAAUUCAUGAAACGCUUAAAUUAAGCUACGAUGGACUACCGGAUGAUCAUGUGAAGGGUGUUUUUCUUGACAUAUCUAAUUUCUUCAUUGAGUGGGACAGAGAUGUUGUCCAGGGAAUAUUGGAUGGUUGUAGUCGUUUUUCUAUAGAAGCAGAAAUUACCACACUCUGCGAUCGAUGUCUCCUGGAUAUUGGUGAAGAGAAAGAAUUGAGGAUGCAUGAUUUGAUUCGAGAUAUGGGAAGAGAAAUUGUGCGUGCAGAAUCUGUGGAACUGGGAAAACGUAGUCGAUUGUGGCAAAGUGAAGAUGCAAAGAGCGUGUUAAGGAACAAAUGUGGAACAGAAGCAGUUGAAGGACUAAUAAGCUUAAGGUUGCCAGAAGAUUCUGAUGACGAGGAAAGCUUCAGUACAGAAGCGUUUAAGAAGAUGUGGCGUCUGAAAAUUCUCGAGCUGGAAAAUGUAAAGCUGACUGGAAGCUACAAACAUCUUUCCAAGGAGUUAAGAUUGUUGUCUUGGCAUGGAUUUCCUCAUGAAGCCAUACCAGCAGAUUUUGAUCUACGAAACCUAGUUUUUUUAAUCCUGAAGUACAGCAAGAUCGUACGUGUUUGGGAGGAUUCGGACCUGUUGCCUAAGAUGUUGAAGUAUCUCUAUCUAUUAGACUGCCAGAACCUGACUGAAUUACCAGACUUUUCAAAACUCCCACAUCUCGAGGUAUUGGACCUCAGUGGCUGUAAGGGUUUGUGUGGGGGUUACCAUUUUUUAGCACAACUGAAGGUGGGAAUGGUUUUAAUAGGCUACCCAUUCUCAGCGGCCUUUCUCAGCUUAAGUUUUUAUAUCUAG